AUGGAUCAACUGAUUGAUGAAAAAUUUAUUUUAAUGACUAUUGUGAAUAAAAAUAUCAGUGACAACAAGCCACCGAAGAUCCAAUCAACAAAUAUGACAUCGCUGGGGAAUUAUGGUAAAUCAUAUUGCGAUGCAAAAUCACAAAAUUAUGCGUUUGUUUCUCAUAUAUCUUUAAAAUUUUCCGGUGAAAAAGUUCAUAUUGCAAGCGACAAAAUGUAA